AUGUCAAUCACACCAGGGACAUACACUUUGUCUGCAACGCCAAUAACAAGAUUAACACCCGGAUCAGGUAUACUUCAUCUUUCCCUUCCUUCGACUUCGACUUCAGAUACCGCACAGCCCUCAGACUCUUCAUGCUCUCCAAAUGGAACGGCACAUACGAACGAGCACCGAAAUGGUAGAUCAAGAUUCUCCACUCUGUCAGCUGCAUAUCCAUUAAAAUUACUUUCACCAACACCGUUAUCAUCCCAACCGUCAAAUCUAUCUUUAGUAUAUACCUUAGCUUAUGGAGGUGGAUUAGUAGCUGGCGAUUUGAUCUCUCUUCAGGGGGAAAUAGGUUCAGGAUGUGGAUUAGUCAUGUUGACUCAAGGAAGCACGAAAGUAUAUAAAAGAAGACCUGGUAUAAGACCUCAAUCUAAUUUUCGUUCACAUCAACAUCCUCCUUCGUCAAAAGUUGAAAAUGAAAAGGAAAAGACAGAUCCUUCAAUAGGGUCAGAUUUAACGAGACAAAGAUUACAUGUCAAGUUAAAUUCACAUUCCUUCUUGUUGUUAUUACCUGAUUCGAUUAGUCCUUUUGCAAAAUCACAAUAUUCUCAAACACAGCGAUUCAUCUUACCUCAAGAUAAAACGGCUUCAAUCUUGAUUCUUGAUUGGGUAAAUUCAGGCAGAGGUCAACGAUCCACUUUUGGAGAAGAAAUUUGGUCAAUGGAGAAAUAUAAUUCUACAAAUGAAGUUUUCAUUGGGGAUAGAUUAGCCAUGAGAGAAAAGAUGAUAUUAGAUAAUUCGUCUUCUGACGUAUCGAAACAAUUAUCACCAUAUAACAUUUACGCUACACUCAUUUUCUCAGGUCCGCAUUUGACAAAAUUGAUGAAAGUUUUGAAACAAUGGAGCGAUAAAUCAAGGCAAUUCCAAUUAAAAUUACCUCCUGGAUUGGUAUGGUCAUUCAGUGAAAUCGAUUCAGAGUCCGGUGCUGGGAUAGUCAGAGUCGCGGGGAGAGAGACGGAAGAUGUCAGGAUUUGGUUGAGAGGUUGUUUGGAAGCUGGUGGUGUCAAGGAUCUGACAGGAGAUGGAAUCUGGCCUAGAUGCAUUUGA